AUGCUGCGAUCGUACAAACUGUACCUGAUGCUGCUGGUCAGCUCGAUCUUCUUCCUCGUUUGCCAGAACCAGGGUUCGAUCACCAGCUUCGUCAGCAAUGCUGCGCCGUCCUCGCCGGCCUCGUCCGCGUCCGGUGCCGCCGACGAUAUGCCGCUGGGUGUUCCGGAAGCCAUAUCGGCAGAGCGACUCGUAGCGUUGGUCGGUAGAAAGGGGCUGGUGUACGGCGAACCAGUGCCGGCAACGGCCGAAAAGAUCCGAUCGCGAAGUCUCAACUUCAAGGACAUUCCGCUUAAGCUGAACGAUCGAUCCUCGUCGACGUCGGCCGCCACGACGAGCUCGGCUGGCACGACGGCAACCACCACGUCCACGACGGCAAAGACGACGACGUCCACGACGACGACCACCACCACGACGACGCCAAAAUCCACGGCCGGCAAGGAUGCAGCUCUAGUAAGUAUCUCACAAGAAUAGCAAGAAUCGUAACGGCCGAAACAAAUCUAAUAUAUACAACGAUUUCCGGUGGACACGAAGCUGCUGCCACCGCUGUACAUCAUCACGCCGACGUACCGGCGACCGGAGCAAAUACCGGAGAUGACCCGGCUCGGUUACACGCUGAAGCAUGUGCUGAACGUCCUUUGGAUUGUGGUGGAAGACUCGAAGAAUUGCACCGAAGCCGUGACACGGUUGCUGGAAGACAUCGGUGUGCCGUAUGUGCAGCUUGCCGCUCCAAUGCCAGCGCAAUACCGCAAGAAUAAGGUAAAGCCGCGCGGUGUGUCUAAUCGCAAUCGGGCACUGCAGUGGAUCCGUGCCAACGCCACCGAGGGCAUCCUUUACUUUGCCGACGACGACAACACCUACAAUCUGAAGCUUUUCGAGCAGCUGCGCCAUGUCCGCAAAGUGGCCAUGUUUCCGGUGGGGCUCAUCUCGAAGUACCAGGUCAGCUCGCCGAUCGUGAAGAACGGUACGAUCACGGGCUUCUACGAUGGGUGGCUCGGUGGCCGGAAGUAUCCGCUCGAUAUGGCCGGCUUCGCGGUGUCGGUCAAGUUUCUGCACUCGCGCCCCAAUGCCCAGAUGCCGUUCAAACCGGGCUACGAGGAGGACGGCUUCCUGCGCAGUCUGGAACCGCUCGAUUUGAAGGAGGUUGAACUGCUGGCGUCCAACUGCACGGAGAUACUGACGUGGCACACGCAGGCCAGGAAAAAUCCUUCUGCUCCGGUACUGGAUCGCAAGAAGUACGACGGCACGAAUCUGAUACAGCUGACCAGCUGGCUCGUGUAG